AUGGCGCCUUCGAAGAUUAAGCAGGAAGAGGCUGCGUUGCCUCCCCAGGAGGUGUACUACCUCAAGGAAACGCCCACACCGCUCACACCCGAGCCGUUCUACACAAACUACCACCAGGGCGUGCCUAUCGCCCUAGACAUCGGAGCCUCGUCGUUCAAAGUGGGAUUGACCAACGCCAACGAGCCCAACAACGUGUUUCCAUCGGUGCUUGCGCGUUACCGCUACAGAAAGAAGCCAGUCACCGUGACCAUCGUGGGCAAUGAUGUGUACCGCGAUCCACUCCUCAAGACGUCCAUCAAGUCGCCAUUCGAUGGUCCGCUCUUGACCAACUGGGACUACGUUGAGUCCAUGUUGGACUACACCUUCGAGCACUUGGGGGUCACCAGCAAUAACGGAAAGUUGAACAACCCCAUCAUCAUGACCGAACCCGUGGGCUGUCCCUUGAGCCAGAGAACAAACAUGUACGAAUUGUUGUUCGAAGCGUACCAGGCCCCCAAGGUCACCUUUGGAAUAGACUCUUUGUUUGCAUUUCACGCAAAUUCGAAGCCAAACUCCGAUGGUCUCGUCAUUGGCACCGGCCACGAGCUGACCCACGUCAUUCCGGUGGUGGGUGGAAAGGGUAUACUUCUGCAAACCAAGAGAAUCGACUGGGGUGGAAAUCUGUCCCAGCAGUUUUUGGCCAGAUUAUUGGGGAUGAAGUAUCCAUAUUUCCCAUCCAAGAUCACCAGCGACCAUACUACCAACAUGUUUAAGGACUUUUGCUACAUUCUGGAGAAUUACAGCGACCAAUUGAAAGGAUUCCUUGAUAUGCCCAAUUUGGAGCAGAACGAUGUGGUGAUACAGGCACCAGUCGAUUUAAGCUUGCAUACAGUCAAGAAGAAAUCGGAAGAAGAAUUGGCCAAGCAAUUGCAAAGAAAGAAAGAACAAGGCAGAAGGUUACAGGAACAACAACAGCAGAAGCGUCUAGAAAAGAAAAUUCAAAAGCAAGAGGAAUUGGACUACUAUUCUAAACUCAGAGAUGAAAUCGCUACUAUAAGUAAGCAAGAACAAUUAGACAGGGUUGUGGACGAAGGAUUCGAAGACUUGGGUGAGUUUAACAAGUAUGUUAAAAACUUGGAAAAGACCUUAAAGUCAAAAGACGAUGAUGAGGAUGAAGGUCCAGUAGACCCAGCAACAGCAUGGCCCUUGGUAGACAUUCCAGAUGAUCAAUUGAACGAUGAGCAAAUCAAAGAGAAAAGAAAGCAGAAAUUGCUAAAGGGUAACUACGAUGCACGUGAAAGAAACAAGGAGAUCCAAAGACAAGAGGAAGAAGCAAAACUUCAACGUGAAAAGGAGGAAAUCGAAUGGCGUGAAAGAGAUUUGGAGGAUUGGUCCAAUAGUAAGAGAUUAAAGGUGGCAGAAUUAAUAGGAAAGCAUACGGAGAAGGUCAAAUUAUUAGAAUCCUUUAAAGACAGGAAGUCCAUGGCUGCUCAACAAAGAAUGAAGAAUAUUACCGAUCUCGCCAAUGACCAAUCAGUAGGUGCUUCAGGAAAUGCCAGUAAUAGAAAAAGACGUAGAGCAGCUGCAUCAAUUGAUAAUGAUCCAACAGAUACCUUCGGUGCAAAUGAUGACGACUGGGGUGUAUACAGGGAAAUAACAAACUCCAGCUUGGAAGAAGACCUCGAUCAAAUCAGCAAACAAAUUGUUGCUAUCGAAGAAGAUUUAUUGAACUACGAUCCAUCUUUCCACCAUGAGGAUACUUUCUCAGCAUCUCAGACUUUUGAUUGGCAGAAUCUGGUGUUACACAAAUUUGUUCAUGGCCCCCGUCCUAACUUAAAUUUGGCAUUGCAAACAGAAGGAAUCCCAGCAGAAGAAAUUGCAAAUCAUCCAGAAAUUAUCUUGAAAAAUCAUCAAAUGCAUUUGAAUAUCGAAAGAAUACGUGUGCCGGAAGUUUUAUUUCAACCACACACUGCUGGUUUAGAUCAGGCAGGUAUCAUAGAGUUGCUGAGUGAUCUUCUUUGGAAAAGAUUAGACGGUAAUUUUAACCCCGGUGGUCAAGCCUAUAACCUCAUCCAAAAUAUUCUCAUUACUGGUGGUUUGGCAAACUUGAAGAAUUUCGACAAGAGGGUCCAAACUGAGCUCACUGGAGUCUUGCCUGUUGGGGCACCCUUGAAAGUCCGUACCGCUAAAAACCCUAUAACUGAUGCUUGGAAAGGUAUGCAAAAAUGGUCUCAAGAUGAAGAAAGCAAACACAGCUAUGUUUCUAAGGCUGAAUACGAAGAAUAUGGUCCCGAAUACAUCAAGGAACACGGGUUAGGAAAUGUCUGUUUAAGGUAG